AUGAGGAGCCCCCCUGUUGUCCUCCUCCUCUCCUGGAGCCAGGGGGCUGCAGAGGGGAAGGGGCCGGCCAGCCAGUGGCCUGGUACAUCCCUCCAUCUGCCUGCCUGCCUGCGCCGGGGUCUGUUCUAUAAUAAGAGUCUUUGGCAGCUGUUUUGUGCCUUGGCUGCUUGCCAGCCUCCCGGCAGUUGCACUUGGAGAAAGCCUGUUGCCUCCAUUUCCCACCUCGUCCGCUCCAGCUCCUUGCUUGUCCCACGGUGAGUACCCUCCCGCUCACCCUCCUCCAAGCUCUACCAGGGGCACAACGGCCUGGCUAGGCAAGGUAGGUGCUGGCACCUCUGAACCACCAGGCUGGGAGAACUGCCUUCCUGCUCGGCUCCCCGGCACAUAACGGGAAAGUCCGCUUGCCAUCCGACUCUGGGGAGGCAGAUUUGCCCCCUCAAUGCCUCCUCUGCCCCAGAUUUCUGCCUGCCGGGCCCAAGGUUUGGGCACUGCGCUCCCUCGACGCAUUUUCCCUUCUGCGUCUCUUGUUUCCUUUCGCCUUGGAAACUUUCUUUGCUCUCCUCCAGGCCGUGAACGGAGGAGGCCAGAAUUUCUUCGGGAACAAAGUAACUUUGUAAGAGUUUGGCGUUACAAGGCAAAGCUUGGCUUCCAUUCUCCUCCUCCAGCAAUGCCAGGGCAACUCCCCUUCUCGUGCCCCCCACGAGUUUCCGCUUGGAUCCCCAAAAUGUCAAACAGAUGGAUCCUAUCCCUGCUUUAAAAACUGUCUGGAAUCCUCCAGAGCAGAAGAAAGCCUCCUCCACAGUGCCCAGCAAGAGAUUUGGGGUAUCUGUUGCCCAGGGCCAGGGCCACCCUGAACCCUCUCUCUGCCUCGAGUGCCUUUCUCCGUGUCUAGAGGUCAGACAGGACGGGUCCUCCUCAGCGGCCACCUUCUCUGGUGGCUGCCGGCCAGGACCAGGGGCUGCUGGGAUGCUGGAGGGCCGGCGUGUGUGUGCCAGGCCACUUUCACUCCUGCUGGCCGAGCUACUGCAGGUGUGGCCAGAGAAAGGCGGCUUCAGGUGUUUAGGAUAGCCAGAUCUCUAGGCCUCUGGCACCGAGGAAGCUGCCAUUGGGUGGACCAUUUAUUCUGCCACCCUCUCUCCCUUCCACCCACCCACUGCCAGUCUGGUUUCAGAGACAGGGCUUGUAUCUUGGGCAGCUGACACCCUCCAGGCGGCGACAGAAGCUGGGUGGAAAGAGGGCUGUGAUGUGACUUGCAGGAUUAGAGAUUCUUGACCUAUCCAGGGCUGCACACACACAGUGCAUUUAAAGCGUGUGACUUCCCCCCAAGGAUCCUGGGAACUUUAGUUUGUAAAAGAGGCUGGGAAUUGGAGCUCUGUAAGGGGUGCGCUGUGGGUUAAACCACAGAGCCUAGGGCUUGCCGAUCAGAAGGUCGGCGGUUCGAACCCCCACGACGGGGUGAGCUCUCGCUGCUCGGUCCCUGCUCCUGCCCACCUAGCAGUUCGAAAGCACAUCAAAGUGCAAGUAGUGCCACUGUAUUCUGCUCUGGUCAGACCUCACCUGGAGUACUGUGUCCAGUUCUGGGCACCACAGUUCAAGAAGGACACUGACAAACUGGAACGUGUCCAGAGGAGGGCAACCAAAAUGGUCAAAGGCCUGGAAACGAUGCCUUAUGAGGAACGGCUAAGGGAGCUGGGCAUGUUUAGCCUGGAGAAGAGGAGGUUAAGGGGUGAUAUGAUAGCCAUGUUCAAAUAUAUAAAAGGAUGUCACAUAGAGGAGGGAGAAAGGUUGUUUUCUGCUGCUCCAGAGAAGCGGACACGGAGCAAUGGAUCCAAACUACAAGAAAGAAGAUUCCACCUAAACAUUAGGAAGAACUUCCUGACAGUAAGAGCUGUUCGACAGUGGAAUUUGCUGCCAAGGAGUGUGGUGGAGUCUCCUUCUUUGGAGGUCUUUAAGCAGAGGCUUGACAACCAUAUGUCAGGAGUGCUCUGAUGGUGUUUCCUGCUUGGCAGGGGGUUGGACUCGAUGGCCCUUGUGGUCUCUUCCAACUCUAUGAUUCUAUGAUUCUAUGAUUCUAUGAAAUAGGUACCGCUCCGGCGGGAAGGUAAACGGCGUUUCCAUGCGCUGCUCUGGUUCACCAGAAGCGGCUUAGUCAUGCUGGCCACAUGACCCGGAAGCUGCACGCCGGCUCCCUCAGCCAGUAAAGCGAGAUGAGCGCCGCAACCCCAGAGUCGGCCACAACUGGACCUAACGGUCAGGGGUCCCUUUACCUUUAAGGGGUGAACUAUAGUUCCAAGGAUUCUUAGGACGUCCAGAGGUUGGGCAACACGAGAACGGGGCCUUUUCAGUGGUGGCUCCCCGCUUGUGGAAUGCUCUCUCCAGAAAGGCUCACCUGGCGCCGUCAUUACAUAUCUUUAGGCACCAGGCAAAAGGAACCCUUUUUUGUCUUUGGAUUGGCUUUGGAUGUUUUAAUGUUAUCUGGGCCAUCUUUACCCGAGGGUGCAAGGGGUGCAGGGCACCUGGGUGCUGAAUUCGGGGGGACGCCUGGCGCCCGCUGCUGAAGCCUCCUAAGCUCUUAACUAUCUACCUGUUAUGAAAUAAUAAAUAAUUUUGAUCAAGCUAGAAAAACAAAAUACGUAGGUAUUACCGAAAUGUAUACCUACUGUUUCACAAAAGGACUUUUGAUUUUGUGAGCUCAUUUACCAAAGAUGCACCGCGCCGGUGCUUGUCAUUCGCUUGUCAUUCUCAACGGUGCCAUGCAUGCGAAAUUAACUAAAUUUGGGGGCGCUGGGUGGUUCUUUGCACCCCAGCGGCACAUAUGCUAAAGACAGCCCUUAAUGUUGUUUAGAAAAACAGAAAAGAUUUUGCCAUUUAGAUUUUUUAAGGCUGGUUUUAAUGUACGCAUGAGAAAUUGUAAGUCGCUUGGAGCUGCCGUGGCAAAAAAGCAAGAAAGAAAUUUAAUAAAUAUUAAUAACAAUUUAUUGUGAUGAUGAUGAUGAUGGAGUGGCAAUGUGCUUUAAAUGUACUUUGAAGGUUUGGUGUGCACAUAGCCCUGGAUAGGUGAAGGUCCCCUGAUCGAAUGAGGCUUUUAAAUAUUAGAAAAUUCAUGCAUGGAGGAGGAGAGGGCUAUCGAAGGCUACCAGCCAUAACAGCUCUGCUCUGCUCCACGGUUGGAGGCAGCAGUACUUCUGAAUACCAGUUGCUGGAAACUGCAUAUACAGUGGUACCUCUAGAUACGAAUGGGAUCCACUCUGGAGCCCCGUUCGCAUCUAGAAGCAAACGUAACUAGCAAUGGCACGCCUGCGCAUGCACGAGUCGGUUUUCGCUGCUUCUGCACAUGCGCGUGACAUCAUUUUGAGCAUCUGCGCAUGCGCAAGUGGCGAAAACCAGAAGUAACGUGCUCCGUUACUUCCGGGUUGCCGUGGAGCGCAACUUGAAUGCGCUCAACCCAAAGCGCAUUCACCCCAAGGUAUGACUGCACCAUAUGUUUCACUCCAUAAGACGCAUUUGACCAUAAGACGCACCUAGUUUUUAGAGGAGUAAUAAUAAUAAUAAUAAUAAUAAUAAUAAUAAUAAUUUAUUAUUUAUACCCCACCCAUCUGGCUGGGUUUCCCCAGCCACUCUGGGCUGCUUCCAAAAGAAUAUUAAAAUACUGUGAUACAUCAAACAUUAAAAGCUUCGCUAAACAGGGCUGCCUUCAGAUGUCUUCUAAAAGUCUGGUAGUUGUUGUUCUCUUUGACAUCCGGUGGGAGGGCGUUCCACAGGGAGGGCGCCACUACCGAGAAGGCCCUCUGCCUGGUUCCCUGUAACUUGGCUUCUCUCAGUGAGGCAACCGCCAGAAGGCCCUCGGAGCUGGACCUCAGUGUCCGGGUAGAACGAUGGGGGUGGAGACGCUCCUUCAGGUAUACUGGACCAAGGCCGUUUAGGGCUUUAAAGGUCAGCACCAACACUUUGAAUUGUGCUCGGAAACGUACUGGGAGCCAAUGUAGGUCUUUCAAGACCGGUGUUAUAUGGUCUCGGCGGCCGCUCCCAGUAACCAGUAUGGCUGCUGUGUUCUGGAUUAGUUGUAGUUUCCGGGUCACCUUCAAAGGUAGUCCCACGUAGAGCGCAUUGCAGUAGUCCGAGCGGGAGAUAACCAGAGCAUGCACCACUCUGGCGAGGCAGUCCGCAGGCAGAUAGGGUCUCAUCCUGCGUACCAGAUGGAGCUGGUACACAGCUGCCCUGGACACGGAUUUAACCUGUGCCUCCAUGGACAGCUGUGAGUCCAAAAUGACUCCCAGGCUGCACACCUGGUCCUUCAGGGGCACAGUUACCCCAUUCAGGACCAGGCAAUCCUCCACACCUGCCCGCCUCCUGUCCCCCAGAAACAGUACUUCUGUCUUGUCAGGAUUCAAUCUCAAUCUGUUAGCCGCCAUCCAUCCUCCAACCACCUCCAGACACUCACACAGGACCAUCACCGCCUUCACUGGUUCUGAUUUGAAAGAGAGGUAGAGCUGGGUAUCAUCCGCAUACUGAUGAACACCCAGCCCAAACCCCCCUGAUGAUCUCUCCCAGCGGCUGCAUGUAGAUGUUGAAAAGCAUGGGGGGAGAGGACAGAACCCUGAGGCACCCCACAAGUGAGAGCCCAGGGGUCUGAACACUCAUCCCCCACCACCACUUUCUGAACAGGGCCCAGGAGGAAGGAGCGGAACCACUGUAUGACAGUGCCCCCAGCUCCCAGCCCCUCAAGACGGUCCAGAAAGAUGCUUUGGUCGAAGGUAUCAAACCAAGGCAGUUUCAGUCCCGUGAUGAGGCCUGAAUCCCAACUGGAAGGGAUCCAAAUGGUCUGCUUCUUCCAGGUGUGCCUGGAGUUGUUCAGCAACCACUCGCUCAAUCACCUUGCCCAAGAAUGGAAGAUUUGAGACUGGGCGAUAGUUGGCCAUCGUGGCCGCAUCUAAAGAUGUUUUUUUAAGAAGCAGUUUAAUAACCGCCUCUUUCAGCGGGUCUGGGAAGGCUCCCUCACGGAGGGAAGCAUUCACCACCCCACGAAGCCCAUCGCCCAGCCCUUCCUGGCUAGCUUUUAUAAGCCAGGAUGGGCAAGGAUCAAGGAGACAGGUGGUUGGUUUCACUCGUCCAAGCAGCCUGUCCACAUCCUCGGAGGUAACAGAUUGGAAUUGAUCCCACUCAGUUUGACUAGACAGGACUCUAGCACUCUCCCGCCCCGGCCCUGCUCCCACGGUGGCGUCUACCUCUUCCCGAAUCUGAGCGAUUUUAUCUGCAAAAAACUUUGCAAAAUCAUUGCAGGAGAUCAUGUGGCCCGUACUGGGCCACGAUGUAGCAGGUGGUUCUGCCAAAUUGCGGACCACCUGAAAAAGUCUCCUGCUGCUGUUUUCUGCAGAUGCAAUAGAGGCGGUGAAGAAAGUCUUCUUCGCUGUCGCUACCGCCACUUGGUAGGCUCAACAUUGAGCUCUAACCUGUGUCCGGUCAGCUUCAGAAUGGGUCAUCCGCCUAGCCGUCCCAACAAUUGUUUCAUUGCCCUCAGAUCCGUGGAAAACCACGGGGCUGUCCGGGCUCCAUGCAAUCGGAGAGGGCGCUUCGGAGCCAAACAGUCAAUAGCCCUGGUUAACUCCACAUUCCAUCGGGCCACAGGGGGGAAAAAUAUUCUGAAUCAAAUGUUGUACUAAACUAUUUAAUAAAUUACCAGUAUUUCAGAGUGAGAGUGAGAGGGACAGGAGCUUUAUGUUUCUUUAGCAUGCGCACUCAAGGAGCGACGAGCGGGGAGGCAGCAUGCCCUGGACGGACCCAACACAGGAACCCCAGCAGCCUCCUCUCAUGUAAGCAGCUCCUCUCCCGCUUUGCUGCUUCAAAGCGAGCCACGGAGGAGGGAAGGUAGGGGAGCCAUGGAUCCUCCACUUGCGACUGCAGCGGGAUCCUGCCACCAUCCAUAGGCAUUCACUCCGUAAGACACACAGACAUUUCCCCUUUUUAGGAGGAAAACAUUGUGUCUUAUGGAGCAAAAAAUAUGGUAAGUGCUGGAGAUGCAAAGAGGUUGAGAGAACGCUUUUUCAUAUGGGGUGGACUUGUAAAAGGGUAAGAGAGUAUUGGGAAAUGAUCCAUAAUGAAUUGGAAAAAAAAUGUGUAAAACUACUUUCCAAAUAAACUCAAGAGUCCGUUUUGUUGGGGAUAAUUCAGACUGAAAUUCCCAGGCAUCAAAAAAGGUUAUGAUGUAUGCCACUCAUAUGUGCAGGGUAUAAAUAAUAAAUAAUAAAUAAUAAAUAAUAAAUAAUAAAUAUUAUAUGAUCAUCACCAUCACCAUCAUCAUCACUACUGCAGCCUGUGGUUUGUUAGCCCCAAGAUGGAAAACGAGCGAGGUCCCAGCCAAAGACGAGUGGCAACUUAAGCUGACAGAAUAUGUGCAGUUUGCAGACUUAACAUAUAGAAUAAGAGAACAAGAAGAACAUACGUUUAGAGAAGAUUGGAAAACGUUUAUUGAAUAUAUGGGAAAUAACUGUGUGCAGCUGAAAACACUGAUAGUAUUAAGAUAUAUAAGUUAUGAUGGAUGCAAUAAUGGAAUACUGAAUGGUAUAGUUUCUGUAAAAUAUGCAGGGACUUAUGAUAUGUAAAAUGAACCGUGGAAAGAGAGGAAGGGAAGUCAUUGAUAUAUUAAGGAUGUAAAAAUGAGUACUUUAAAUUGUGAAACAGAAAAUUUAAUAAACAAAUUAUAUACAAAAAAGAGAAAGAAACUGCAGCAAGGGAGAAAUGUUCUUGUGCCUGGAUCCUGCUUGCAGGUUUCCCAUAACAGGACCCUUUGAGAACAAGAUACUAGCCAAGAUGGGCUAUUGGGCUAAUCCAACAGAGCCUCUUUCUUAUAUCCUUCUAUUCACAACAACCCUCUUUCUACUCGGCCCCUAAGAAAGCAGCUUCUUCUUCUGCCAUGUGGCGGAUCUUGGAGGGUGUCGGAAGGGUGUCCCUCUGUCCAGGCCAUGAUGCGCACCCCGCACGAGUGCUCCGCUUGGCCGAUUUCCCACACAUGUCUCUGGGCCCCCGGGUCCUGUGUCACAAAGCGCUGGACUUUGGAACGUAAAAAGUGCAAUUCCCGGAAAGUCCACCUUGCCCCGCAUUCCGAGCCCAGAUGCGGCCAGAAAGCUCACAAGCGGAGCAAAAGGCUUCUACUCUCUUGCUAUUUAUUCCCAGCAUCCGGUCACCAGCGGUAGAGACCUGCUGAAUAUGGAGGUUCGGCUUUGCUGUCUUGUCCUUGCUUUGAAAAGUUUUGGAGUGUGAACCGUAUCCAGACGACACGGUUACCAGUCCUUUCCACAUAUUUCUUCUUCUUUUUUUUUUCUUCCCCCCACUAAAUUAGCAUGUUUAUUUGUCAGUUGGUAAGAAGUCUGUUACUUAUGUAAGCAGCCAAACAAAAUCAGAGCAAAAUCACUGUGAGCAAUAGCUUCUGCAGUGACCAUUACACGUCUUAACCAAACAUACAGAAUAUUGCCAUAUGAAAAAGUUACUACCUGAACUACAUGCAUUAAAUAUUGGGAGGAAAAAAGGUUUACAUUUUUAUUAUAAUUCACUUUAACAAUCUAAGAUGUUUGCGGCCAUCAGCAGUUCCAGUGCAAUUUCAGGUGCAUUUGGAAAUUCAGGGAUCUCUGUAGGGCUGUUAGUGUAGCGAACCUUAUAGGUGAAAUACAUGCAUACUUUGGAUAGGACGUGGGAAGGAAUCUCUCUGAAAUUCACUUCAUUUGUUUAAUUUUCUGCAAAUUGUCCUGAACCAUUCAACAUAGCUUUUAUUGUUCCCGAUGUGAGUGCAGGCUCUCUUUUAACUAUGAACUCAUGGCCAUCCGAGGAUAUCAAUUUCACAUACAUAACAUCAGGGCCUUCACAGCCCCCAUAUAUCUUCUCUUCUCCAUCCAUCUCUUCUUAUCAGAUGUUGGUUCUUUGCCCCUGGAGCCUUUGCAAUAAUAUCUCUGCCCAGCCAGUGCCUGAAAGAUAUUCACCGAGUAGCUUCUCAGGCCCCUCACGGUUCCAGCCGGGACAACCGCCCUCCCUCUGCCCAAAACCCUCCAGAUAUUUCUUCAGAACAUAGAUUUAAUGUGCACGGGGGUGCGUGCGUGUGUGUGUCUCUCUCAGCCUAAACUACCUCACAGGGUUGUUGUGAAGAUAAAAUGGGAAAGGGAGCACCACGUGCACCAUCUGGAGCUCCUUGGAGGAAAAGGUGGGAUAAGAAUGUAAAAAAAUCAUAGAAUUAUAGAAUCAUAGAGUUGGAAGGGACCCAAGGGCCAUCUAGUCCAACCCGCUGCAAUCUCAGCUGGAUGCAUUGCUGGGGGUUGGACUAGAUGACCCCUGGUGUUCCCUUCCAACCCUAAAAUUGUGUGAUUCUGUGAUUAUUGCUCUGGUCACUGACUUAUGUACACCACCCUGAGUGAGAAAAGGGUGGGAUAAAAAUAUGAUAAAUCAAUAAGCAAUAAAUUCCUUUUUUUAAAAAGGCCUUGGUGAAGACUUGACGUUUUCAUCCCCCAAAAAGUUUUUGAUUUGAGUUCCUACUGAAAUGAGGCUGCAUUUUAAUGUUUCAUUUUAAUCUAGUUUUUAAGUUGUGUUUCAAUCAAUUGUUUUUAUACCUGGUGUUAGCCGCCCUGAGCCUGGUCUUGGCUGGGGAGGGCGGGGUAUAAAUAAUUUUUAUUUUUAUUUUUAUUAAAAAUUAUUUAUGCUUUUCAUUUUACAAUGAAAACAAAACAUAAAUUUGAAUCCUUCCACAUCAUAUUUCGACUUCCCUCACCCCUUUUCUUCGGUUUCUUACACUUACACUGUUUUUUACUGUAAUAAAAUCCCUUGGCCCUGCAGAUGCUGUCGCUGCCGUCCUUGCGGGUGGGCAUCCUGACCGGAAGAAGGGUCCUGGCUGCUGCUGGUGUCCGCGCAGCCCAUGGGCAUGGCGGACAUGGUAAGUGAUGUUCCUGCUGUCAUAUCUUGCUCCCGUUGUCCUUGGGGCUAGUGGUUCCCUUCUAACGGGCUUGAGUUCUCUUAGAGCAUUAGGGGCAUCCUAACAGCUCUCAGCACCCAGAACAACUUCAGUUCCCACGAUUCCCUGGGGGAAGCCAGGACUGUUGAAAGUGGCGUCGUGUUGCUUUAGAUGUACGGGGAAGAUGUUGCCUGCUUUUUAAGGUGCAGGUAAGGACAUGGGUGGAGCUGUGGGUUAAACCACAGAGCCUAGGACUUGCCGAUCAGAAGGUUGGCGGUUCGAAUCCCCGCGACGGGGUGAGCUCCCGUUGUUCAGUCCCUGCUCCUGCCAACCUAGCAGUUCAAAAGCAUGUCAAAGUGCAAGUAGAUAACUAGGUACCGCUCCAGCGGAAAGGUAAAUGGCGUUUCCGUGCGCUGCUCUGGUUUCACCAGAAGAGGCUUAGUCAUGCUGACCACAUGACCCAGAAGCUGUACGCUGGCUCCCUCAGCCAAUAAAGCAAGAUGAGCGCUGCAAUCCCAGAGUCAGCCACAACUGGAUCUAAUGGUCAGGGGUCCCUUUACCUUUACCUUAAGUGUGUUGCCAAGCCCUGGGUGUUGUUAGUAGGGAUGCGGGUGGCGCUGUGGUCUGAGCCUCUUGGGCUUGCUGAUCAGAAGGUUGGUGGUUUGAAUCCCCGCGAUGGAGCGAGCUCCCGUUGCUCUGUCUAGAAUGCGGAUCCUACCCAGGGCUGACCUGGGACAUUUUGGCGGCUGAGGCAAACCACAAAACGACAUCCCUUUCGAUCCCCAUAGGAGACAGCUGCAUAUUCCUGCAGUGCAGGGGGCUGGAUUCCCAGGGAUCUGUCCAAAUCUUACGAUCGUUCUGCCCCAUCGUUCUGCCCGGACACUGAGGUCCAGCUCUGAGGGCCUUCUGGCGGUUCCCUCACUGCGAGAAGCCAAGUUACAGGGAACCAGGCAGAGGGCCUUCUCGGUUGUGGCGCCUGCCCUGUGGAACGCCCUCCCACCAGAUGUCAAAGAGGAAAACAACUACCAGACUUUUAGAAGACAUCUGAAGGCAGCCUGUUUAGGGAAGCUUUUAAUGUUUAAUAGGUUAUUGUAUUUUAAUAUUCUGUUGAAAGCCGCCCAGAGUGGCUGGGGAAGCCUAGCCAAAUGGAUAAAUAAUACAUUAUUAUUAUUAUUAUUAUUAUUAUUAUUAUUAUUAUUAUUAUAUUAUUCUAAGUUAUGAACCUACCCAGACCCUGAGAUCAUCAUCUGAGGCUCUUCUUCGUGUGCCUCCUCCAUGAGAGGUGUUAACGGAGAAAUCUGAGGGCUCCCUUGGACAAAAAACAAGGACACCAGCCAGGAACACCAGAGCAAAACAGCAGCCAGUCGGCUUGGUCUUUAUUGAAGACUGUCGCGACAGGACUCCCACCUGCCACCAGGUGGAACAAGAUGGAAGCCCUGAACAAAAGAGCCCCCAAACUUUUAUUAGCUGCUAAUUCCCAUGUUACACCCCCCCAAACUACAUCACUCAUACAUCAUGGUUACAUCAUGAAAGGGGAGGUCUGGUGGCAGUAAUCUGAGCAUCCUGGACCCUGCCCCAUGGUUCCCCUUGCCCUCCACCAAACACCCAUCAAGUGAAACAAAAGAGACAUUUAUAUGUCCUUGUUUCCCAGCCAAGUUCAUCACGCCCUUUUGUCUUCAUCUGGGUUUGUUAUUUCUGGAAUGGCUACCUGUCUGGCACUCAGGUAUCAGGAUGCCAGGAAUUAUCACUCAGGCAGAGGGGCUGCUGAGUAGCUGAGCUCGCGUGUCUAUAUGAAUUUCUGAAGUUUCCCCAGUGAGCCAGUACAUAGAGACAUUUAUCAGUGAAUUGUUACAUUUGGUAUCAUGCAGCAGAGGCCCUUUGAACAGAUAGGAAGAAACUGUGAUGAAGUGUUUUGUGGGGACAAGUCACAAAAGUCACAAAAGUGAUUGUGCUGAUUUUGGCAGUGGGCUGCAUGCGCAUGAUAUCUGCUGGAGGGGCAACCCCCCCGCAACCUAUACAUAAAUUCCUGCAACAGAGGUCCAGAGGGUGGCAACACGACGAUGGGCCUUUUCGUUGGAGGUUUCUAAGCAGAGAUUGAAUGGUCAUCUUCCAUGGAUGCUUUAGCUGAGAUCCCUGCAUGGGAGGGGGUUGGACUAGAUGACCCUUAGAGGUAUCUUGCAACUCUACAAUUCUAUGAAGACUGCAUUAAGCAUCCCAGUGUGACCCAGUUCCAAAACCUUUGCAGCUUGUUGAACCCAAAAAGGAGGCGGAAAAGAGGGAGUCAGCCUCAAGAGAUCUUCCCUCCUUACAACUUGCACUUGAGAGCUAAUCGCCGUAAUGGCGAAAACAGUAACAUUGCAUUGACACAGUAUAAUUAAGGAAGCAAACUACACUGGUAAUAAUAUAUUUGGAAGAGCUGCAAAGACAACAGAUAAAACACUGAAAAUGCAGCAGCAACCCCACCAUCAACCCCCCCCCCCCAAAAAAACCUCCCCACAAGCAGCACAUAUAACUCACCAGCAUUUUGCAAACAAAAUUAGGGACGUGCUUUUGACACCCCAGUUUCCAUAAAAAGGAUCUCUGCUGAGGCCCCCCCAGAAAAAAAUCAUUACAUAUUGCGGAAGGCUGAACAUGUAGCUUCUGGCUCUCGUUAUAUUUAUUUACUCAGCAGUAGUAAAUGCUGAUUUCAAAGCCGAGGCGGUAUGUUUGUUGAGUUAAAAAUACACUAGAAUACUAGUCAUCCGACAAUGGCUUAUCAGCAGUUUGAAUUGCAAGGUUCGGCAGGAAUAAUCAGAUGCACAAAUAGAGGCUGGGGGUGAAAAGGAUCUAGAGAUCUUAGUAGACCAAAAGCUUAACAUGAGUCUACAGCGUGAUGCAACAGCAAAUAAAGUGAGUGAUAUUCUAGGCUGCAUCUACAGAAGUCUAGUGUCCAGAUCAAGGGAACUCAUUUUGUUGUUUAGUUGUUUAGUCGUGUUCGACUCUUUGUGACCCCAUGGACCAGAGCACACCAGGCACUCCUGUCUUCCACUGCCUCCCGCAGUUUGGUCAAACUCAUGCUGGUAGCUUCAAGAACACUGUCCAACCAUCUCGUCCUCUGUCGUCCCCUUCUCCUUGCGCCCUCCAUCUUCCCCAACAUCAGGGUCUUUUCCAGGGGGUCUUCUCUUCUCAUGAGGUGGCCAAAGUAUUGGAGCCUCAGCUUCAGGAUCUGUCCUUCCAGUGAGCACUCAGGGCUGAUUUCCUUCCGAAUGGAUUGCAGUCCAUGGGACUCUCAAGAGUCUUCUCCAGCACCAGAAUUCAAAAGCAUCCAUUCUUCGGCGAUCAGUCUUCUUUAUGGUCCAGCUCUCACUUCCAUACAUCACUACUGGGAAAACCAUAGCUUGAACUAUACGGACCUUUGUUGGUAAGGUGAUGUCUCUGCUUUUUAAGCUGCUGUCUAGGUUUGUCAUUGCUUUUCUCCCAAGAAGCAGGCGUCUUUUAAUAGUCCUACUCUAUUCUACCUUGGUCAGACCACACUGUCUGGAAUACUGGAAUACUGUGUCCAGUUCUGGGCAUCACAAUCUAAGAAGGAGGUUGACAAGCUGGAAGGUGUGCAGAGGAGGGCAACCAAGAGGGUUUUGGCAACCAAGCCUUAUGAGGAGCAGGAGCAGUUGAGCACAGAGCUAUUCCCCUAUAGAUUGAUCUCCACCACAGACAGGCUAAGCGUCACCCAUCAGAUGGCCUGUGAUAUGGACAGAAUUCUCCUACAGGGAAUGAAGAAUCCCCUCUGAGCAGUUUAACUCCAGGCUCAAAAGAAUACAAGGCUUAAAAGCAAUCCUGUUUUGAGCCUGCUGUCGCCGUAGGGAUUGUGUUUUGAUGACGUCUACGAUGCUGUUUUUACUGCCGUUUAUUUCACGUUUAUUUGGCUUGCUUGGGUUUCUACAAGCCUCCCUGAGUUUCAUUUUAUCAGAGAAAAUGGUUACCUUGACAUGUGCUCCUCGGAGAUGAUGGUGCAGAACAUCUGGAGGGAUGAUUUUGCACAAGGGAAAAGGGCAAAACACCUCUCUGUCUCUCUCUCCAUGUGGCUCAAAGUUGUAUAAAACCCAGUUCAAUCCUCAGACAGAGUCAUCUGCAGAGGGGCUGGUGGUCCCUAGCUUGGCCAUGUAGCCUGCUUUACAAGCCUCUAAUUUGAAGGGGUGUCAAGAGCAGGGGCGUAGAAAGGGCGUAGGGGGUGGGCUGCCCUGGGUGCCACUCUGGGGCCUGCCUCCCCCCAGCUGUAGAGCGGCCGAGGGCGCACGCAGUCUGUAUGGGCACCACUUGCACGGCGUCCGUAUGGGCUGCUUCUUGCACAGUGACCAUACGGGCUGCCACGCAUGCGCACUCCGUACGGGAUGCCACACAUGUGCAGUCCAUACAGGAUGCCGCACAUGCGCACAUCAUAGAGGAUGCCGCUCGUGCAACAGCCCGUACAGUCGCUGUGCAAGUGGCAGCUCAUACGGAGUGCUUAUGUGCGGCAGCCCAUACGGUCACUGCACAUAUGGACUCCGUACGGGAUGCCACACAUGCACAGUCUGUACAGACGUCACACAUGCGUCACUGGGCGGUUCGCCCCACUCCAGGUGCCGGAGAGGGUUCCUCCGCCACUGGUCAAUAGUUGUUGUUUAGUCGUUUAGUCGUGUCUGACUCUUCGUGACCCCCUGGACCAGAGCACGCCAGGCACUCCUGUCUUCCACUGCCUCUCGCAGUUUGGUCAGACUGAUGUUUGUAGCUUUGAGAACACUGUCCCACCAUCUCGUCCUCUGUCGUCCCCUUCUCCUUGUGCCCUCCAUCUUUCCCAACAUCAGGGUCUUUUCCAGGGAGUCUUCUCUUCUCAUGAGGUGGCCAAAGUAUUGGAGCUUCAGCUUCAGGAUCUGUCCUUCCAGUGAGCACUCAGGGCUGAUUUCCUUCAGAAUGGAUAGGUUUGAUCUUCUGGUCAAGAGUACAGGUCCUCUGUUUCAGAGGCUCCCACAGACCACUUGAAAGUGGCUGAGGGUCUUGGUUUUUCUGCCCAUUGUAGCAAUCAUAAUGUGCCAGGCUAGACGCAGCAGGCUUUUCAGUUGUAAUCUUUAUUGCUUCUUUUAUUUCUUACAUAUAUAUUUCACACUGCUGUAUUGCAAUUUGUGUUCUAUAGAAUUAAAAUUGCAGUACAAUAAAAAAUACAUAAGAAAUGGAGCCGUAAAAACACAAUAUAAAUCAAUUGGGUUCUUUGUUUAUUUUGUUUCAUAAACUUUAUACACCGAUCGAUCGGUUUUAUAAAAAACAACAACCCUGAAAGCAGUUUACAAAAAGAUAAUGCAAGAAAAAAUGACAACCAUACUGUAAAGCAUACAAAAGUUAAAAUACUAAAACAGAUUAAAAUUGCCUCAGCUUCCUAAAUAUCUGGCUUGUCUUGUCUAAGCAAGUAUGUUGUUUGAAGCUCUCCUCUAUGUAUGUGAAAGCCCUGCCAGUACGAUUGCGGUUUCAAGAUAAAAGACCCCUGAGAAGGGGGACCUGCAGGGCUCUUGCAGGGGUUGCCUACCCAGAGUUUGCAGCACUCAGACAGCUGACUGGGCAGGUUGAUGUGUCAGCUGGUCACAGCCUCCCCUGCUAUUAGCCGAGAUUCCAGCAUUGCAGGGGGUUAGACUAGAUGAUCUCUGGGACCCAUCCAUCUCUACAAUUUUGUGAUUCUAUGGUGAGACAUAUUGUACUAUUUAAAUGAUAGGCAGUGCACAAAUGAAAAGUGAAAUAAAAUGAAAAACAUUUUAAAUUUUUAAUAUUUUUUAAAAUUCAGUGGUGUCAAUAUAUUUAGUGUAAAAAAUGGUAGAGAUAAAGAACCCCCGGACGAUUAAGUCCAGUCAAAGGUGACUAUGGGGUUGUGGCACUCAUCUCGCUUUCAGGCCAAGGGAGCUGGCAUUUGUCCACAGAAAGCUUUCCGGGUCAUGUGGCCAGCAUGACUAAACAGCUUCUGGUGCAAUGGGACACCGUGACAGAAACCAGAGCGCACAGAAACGCCAUUUACCUUCCCGCUGCCAUGGUACCUAUUUAUCUGCUUGCACUGGCAUGCUUUCAAACUGCUAGGUUGGCAGGAGCAGGGACAGAUCAACAGGAGCUCACUCCGUCGCCGGAAUUCGAACCGCCGACCUUCUGAUCGGCAAGCCCAAGAGGCUCAGCGGUUUAGACCACAGCGUCACCCGCAUCCCUAUAAUUAGUGUGUGCAAUUUUAAUGCAAAAAUGGCAACUUUUUAGCUUGGAGGGGUGGGGAAUGUAUAAGUGGCCACCCUCAUGGCUGGUGUGGGGAUGUGCCCUAGCCGUGCUCAGGUUCCUCUCUGCUGUUCCUCUUUCUCCCUAGUUGCAGCCCAAGAAGAUCUCUCGGUGCCUAUGUAUUACGACAAGCGCAGCUACCCGCUCCCAGACAUCCCCUUCUGCAAGGAGCUGGACACUUCGCAGAAGGCCCUCAAGGAGAAAGAGAAAGGAUCCUGGAAGCAGCUGAGCAACGAGGAGAAAGUGGCCCGUACGUAGCAAGAGACUGGCCCAUCCAGGGAUGACCUGCUGGGCUGGAGGAACCUGGGCAUCCCCACAGGGCCAGGACGAUGUUUUGUGGGCAGCCUCUGUAGGGUCAAGGCACACUAGACAGACAAGAUAGAGGCUGCACCCUAAGUUGCCAGCCUUUGGGGAUGUGGGAGUAAUUUAACUCCCAUUUAAAGCUGAAUCACACUUUCUGCCAUAAAGGGAGAAACGGACACCCUUGGAAAUUCACACUUACCUGAAUUUUGCAAUGCAACACUUACCUGAAUUUUGCAAUGCACCACUUACCUGAAUUUUGCAAUGCAAUUCUCCAAAGGUAUUGUUCUGCUUUCCUUUGGACCACUUCAGCAAGGCCAAGAGGGGGUGGUCUUGUGGUCUGGGCAGCCCAGGACCUCCACACCCCAGGGAGGUCACUCCAGCGCUGCUUAUGCAGCGGUUUGACUUCACCCUCGGAGGCACACUCCAUUGUCUCUCGGGACAGAUGGGUGCCCACUAUAUUCUCCAGCCAUGCCACAUGUAUAAAAAUGCAUCCAUAAGGGGGAAAGUGAGCGCAUUAAUGAAAGUUAACAUACAAAAUGCAUCUUAUCUGGAGCAAUUGCUCACAAAAAUGUGUGAGCGAGCAAAAAUUGCGAACGAAAAUUUGGGGAGCAUGUGCUCUAAAGUGCUGAAGAAUUUUCAUCAGCAUGAAAGGAUAGCUUUUAAGCCAGUGAGAAUAAGUUUUCUCACCCUGAGAUAUUACUCAGAGCCAAUUAGAGGGAAAGGAGGUGAGUUGGCCACUGAAGAUGGGCUCCUGGGGUUACUCUGGAGAAGGUUUGCAGGAAGGACACCAAGGAGUUGUUGUUCUGCCUGCUCCAAAGCUAAGCGUUUAGGAACACUGAAAAGACAAAGCACUUCGUUUUCAAGAGAAUGGAGGGCAUGUUCUGUUAUGUAUAAAUGUACCUUCAGGGAAAACACACCUUAAGGCGCUCCAAAAUAUUAGAGCACUCCAAAUCAUUUGCAGAAAACAGAUCUAGCUGGAAGCAUCCCUCAGAGAUCUGAUUCAAUUGUUGCACCGCAUCUCUUAAUUCUUAUUACAGUGGUACCUUGGGUUACAAACUUAAUUCGUUCCGGAGGUCUGUUCUUAACCCAAAACCGUUCUUAACCUGAGGCGCACUUUCACUAAUGGGGCCUCCCGCUGCCGCCGGCACACGAUUUCCGUUCUUAUCCUUGGACAAAGUUUGUAACCUGAGGUACCACUUCCAGGUUAGCGGAGUUUGUAACCUGCAGUGUUUUAUAACCUGAGGGGUUUGUAACCCAAGGUACCACCGUAUUGUAUAAUGAUAGGAUUGUUGCAUCAUCUUAGAAGGGGGCAUGGCUGUGAUGUUCACGAAGGGGUCCCUGCACGUCUGAAUUUUCUGUUCCGCUCCUGCCUGGAGCUGCCAUCUUUGGCUGCCCAUCACACCUGCAUGGGAGACAGGGAACAGCCGGGGCACCCCUGCCAAUCAUCCGGAGGGGCAGGCAAGUGAAGGCACAGAGAGCCUGAGCAGGGGAAGUGGGUGGUGUGGAUCCUGACCCUGCUGUGCUUGCCUUGCAGUGUACCGGCUCAAGUUCCACCAGAGCUAUGCAGAGAUGAACAGGCCCUCCAGCGAGUGGAAGACGGUCCUUGGAGGAAUUUUCUUUUUCAUCGGCUUCACGGGAUUCAUUGUCUGGUGGCAACGGGUCCAUGGUACGGAAGUGGGAAGAGGAGGAGGAGGAGGAGGAGGAUGGGUGGCUGUGGUGUGGAUGAGAAUCCCAGUGGUGUUUACAGAGCUCCCACCCUUUCCUGGGCAUCUGUGAGUCUUCCAAGGCAGGCAGAAAUACAACCGGUGCUGCCUCCUCCAACAGCCGCAUUGCUGGGCCAGAUGGUGGCUUCACCUGUGGAAUUUUGCUCCUACGCACAACUCCUGAAAGCACAGAGCCUCACCUGUGCUGGGGGAAGUACUUUGAAUUUAGGGGUUUUUUUGUUUCCAAAGCCACCAUAUGCUGAGGCAAAUCAUGGGCUCAUCUACCCAAGAGGGCUGGAAGCUUCUCUCACAGGGAAGGACCAUAGUUUGAGCAUCUGCCUUGCAAGCCAAAGGUCCCAGGUUUAACCCCCAACAUCUCUGGGUAGGGCUGCGGACGCCCCUGCCUGAAAUGCUGCAGAGCUACUGCCAGCCAGAGUUGACAGCACUGAGCUAGGUAGAACAAUGGCAGACUCAGUAUAAGCUAGCUGGUUGUGUUCCUGUGUAAAAAUAGCCUAACUCGGAAGGUGCUGGACUCUUUGUUGUUGUUGUUUAGUCGUGUCCGCCUCUUCGUGACCCCCUGGACCAGAGCACGCCAGGCACUUCUGUCUUCCACUGCCUCCCGCAGCUUGGUCAAACUCAUGCUAGUAGCUUUGAGAACACUGUCCAACCAUCUCGUCUUCUGUCAUCCCCUUCUCCUUGUGCCCUCCAUCUUUCCCAACAUCAGGGUCUUUUCCAGGGAGUCUUCUCUUCUCAUGAGGUGGCCAAAGUCUUGGAGCCUCAGCUUCAGGAUCUGUCCUUCCAGUGAGCACUCAGGGCUGAUUUCCUUCAGAAUGAAGAGGUUUGAUCUUCUUGCAGUCCAUGGGACUCUCAAGAGUCUCCUCCAGCACCAGAAUUCAAAAGUAUCAAUUCUUCGGCCAUCAGCCUUCUUUAUGGUCCAGCUCUCACUUCCAUACAUCACUACUGGGAAAUCUAUAGCUUUAACUAUACGGCCCUUUGUUGGCAAGGUGAUGUCUCUGCUUUUUAAGAUGCUGUCUAGGUUUGUCAUUGCUUUUCUCCCGAGAAGCAGGCGUCUUUUAAUUUCGUGGCUGCUGUCACCAUCUGCAGUGAUCAUGGAGCCCAAGAAGGUAAAAUCUCUCACUGCCUCUAUUUCUUCCCCUUCUAGUUGCCAGGAGGUGAUGGGCCCAGUGGCCAUAAUCUAAAGAGAUUCUAAAUAAGAGUUUGGAUGGCUGCCUGCCAAUAAUUCUUGUGAUUCCAGCAUUGCAGGGAGUUAGACUAGAUGACACGUGGGGUCCCUUCCAACUCUACCAUCUUUGAUUCUGGGAUUCUACUCUGCCUGGCAGCAAUUCUCCACCCUAGAGGGCUUUCCCCACGGGAGAUGCUAACGAUUGAACCAUGGACCUCUGGCAUGCAAUACAUCGACUUUACCACUGAGCCACGCAGCCCCUCCCCAAAUUGAAGCCCAAGGUAGACAUCUCACUUGGAGCAGCAACUAUCCAGAUUCCCCUCCCAGGCAAAGAUUCCUUGUACAGGACCUCUUUCCUCCUUUGUGUCUGAACCAGACUGGAUUUAUCUGUCUCGGUAAGUGAGGCAUCGGUGGAAAUCCAGCCAAUUUGGCUGCUUGAAUCCUUCCCUCCCUUUCUUCUUUUUACCAUUCUUGAUGGAUGAUUUCUCCAGGCUGCCUCAAUGCUUCCCCUUCGUUUAGUCUGGCUCGUGCUCCCACUGCCCGGCUGCAGACGUAGGCUGCACUAAGACAUAAUGGCUUGGGAAAAGAGGUCUUGAGGCAGGCAGCCUUCGCUCCUGGUUCACACUGCCCAUGAUUCUGUAAAUGCCAUUUCCCCACUUAGGCCAAAUCUACGCAUGAAGCAGAAUGAGGUCAGAAUUAGGUGGGUCAAUUAGACUGGGCUGCUUCAGAUUGCUAGCGGAGGAUAAUACAUCUGAACGCUCAUGGGUGUUGAACCAAGCAGAAAUGUAGCACACCAGGGAAAUAAAACCAGCAUAUCAGUGGAACCUGUCUUGAUGUGCUGGAUUUCCAAGUGCAGGCAGAUUACUAUUAUUUUACAUUUAUAACGGAGCGUUCGAAAACAGGGUUCCAACCUCUGCAGCUUGAAGUGGAGCAGUGCAUCUGGCCAAGGCAAGACUCCACGGCUUCAUUCUGCUCUAUUGAACAUUCAGCCUCCACCGACUUAAGUGUGUCAGAGAGUGGGUGGAUGCGUAAAUUAAAAAGCCUCAAGCUUUCCUUUCUACGGAUAAUCCGAGCUGCCCUCUUCUGAACCAUUCCCAGCUCUGCACAAUCCUUUGAGAGACGAGACAACCAGAGCUCUCCUGCUUGCCUGGAGUUUCCAGAAGCGAACCUACCAUAAAUGUAGCCUGGAUGUGGGGAGUUGUGAUUUCUUAAGAAUGUAAGAAGAGGGUUUGGUGGAUCAGGCCGAUUGGCCCAUCUAGUCCACCAUCCUCUUCUCACAGUGGCCCACCAGACGCUUGUGGAAUCUUCUUCCAAUGUUCAGCUUCACUACUGACUCCGACAGGCCUGAGCAUUUAGAAGAUCGCUUUGCGCCCAUGUCAGGCACUGUGCUGGUCCCGUGGGUUACCCAAGAGGCGAGGUCCAAGUCCGGUCCGGGGUCAAAGGUGCAACAUGGAGGCAGUCCGUAGUAGCUGGAGCUGGGUGCAGGGCAGGGAGUCGGGAGAAGUCAGGAACAGGCUUGCAAGCAGGGAGCCAGGGCAGGUCGGGAGCUCAGGAACAAAAGCAGGACAGGGUUCAGGCAGGAACUAGCAACCAACAAUGUUGCUCCCGCAACUUGGGACUGGGGCUGGCCGGCUUUUAUCUGCCCCAAGGCAUAGGGCGGCCCCGAACUUCUGGUGACUAGCAUCUCCUGGCCUGGAGGCACCUCCUGCGGGUUCCUUCCGCCUCUCUGCCCUGAGCCGCUGCAACUCCGGAGAGGCUGGAGGGUUACCGGACCCAGAAGCAACCUCCGCUUCCUCUGACGGGGCUGAGAGUGGAGCACCUGCAGGCAAUGGGUCCUCCAUCACCUCAGGAGCCAGAGCAGACUCAGCUAACGCCUGCACCUGAGGAUCCAGCACAGGUGAGGACCCUUCAGGCUCAUGCCCCAGCCCCGGCUCAGCUGGAUCUGGAGGCGGGGAAUCCUGUGCAGGCUGGGAUCCCUCAGGUUCAGCAUCCGAGCCCGAAUCCCAGGCACAAAAGCAAACAACUUGGAAGGUGUCUGCUUCAAGCCUUGCAUCCACGGCUGGGAAAUGACCUGCCUAAAUCAGCCCUGAAAAAGCUUUUUGGUUUCUGCAGCGUUCCUGCUGCUGGAAGAUGCUUUCCAGCAGAGGGAGCACAUGCUUCUCCUAGCUGCGCACCCCAGCCAUUCCCCAGGCCAGGCCUCUCUGCCCACAGCUGAUGUUCCUGGACCAUUGGGGAGUAAACAACCCACAGCCAGCCAUGUCAGCCCUGCGCUCCUGGAAAUCAGGGUGGGGAGGAACAAAGGGGCCGCUGUUUUCCUCGCACUGGUCUGAUGCCCAUGGAGCUGUUUUCCUGGAUUUGCAAUAACAGCCCAUCUGCCAAGUGAGGGGUGUGGAAUGGCGGGGGGUGGCGGGCUCAGAAAGGAGGAGAAAGGCCAGUUCUGUUGCCUGCCUUUGCAGCAACAGCAGCUCUGGGCUCUUCCCCUUCACGGGGCUCGCCUGGUGCGUAGAAAACCCGCAGGGAUGGUGGGGCCCAGUUUAUGUGCGCAGCCCAGCGGCAAAGGGCGAGGAAAUUAGCGCACCCACUUUCUCACUCUGCGUGCUGUGCUGGAGGUUGCAGAAGAGAACUUCACCCCAGGCAGAAUUCAGUUUGUUUGGAUGCAGAAUUGCAUUUUAUUUUUUUUUAAGUGCACCUAGAAAGCUAAGGGUGGGCCCAAUCACUUGCCACAGAUUCUCACAGGGCAGGCAAAAAGAAAAAGAAAAAAGGAUGUUGCAGAGCUGGAGAAGGGGAAUGGAUGGAGCAGUUCCCCUGUAGGAACGUAAGAGGAGCCUAUUAGACCAGGCCAGUGGCCCACCUGGUUCAGCAUCCUGUUCUCAGUGGCCAAACAGAUUCUUGUAGGCACAACAGCAUCUCUUCCCUCCUGUGGUUCCCAGGAAGGAACCUGCUUUUUAGUUCAGAGAAAAGGCAGGUGAAAGGGCUCAUGAUAGGUAAAGGUAAAGUGACCCCUGACGGCGCUCAUCUCGCUUUAUUGGCCGAGGGAGCCAGCGUACAGCUUCCGGGUCAUGUGGCCAGCAGGACUAAGCCGCUUCUGGUGAACCAGAGCAGCGCACGGAAACGGAGUGGUACCUAUUUAUCUACCUGCACUUUGAUGUUCUUUCGAACUGCUAGGUUGGCAGGAGCAGGGGCCGAGCAACAGGAGCUCCCCCGUCGCGGGGAUUCGAACCACCAACCUUCUGAUCGGCAGGUCCUAGGCUCUGUGGCUUAACCCACAGCGCCACCCAGAGAAAGGUUUUUUCCUCCCUCUCUCAUAACUCUAGAACUCGGGGACAUUCCACGGAGCUGAAUGCUGGAAGGUGGUCUGAUAGCGCCAAGGUCACAGCUUUGAUCCUCGUAUGCGACAGCGGCAUAUUCCUGCAUUGCAGGGGGUCAGACUAGAUGAUCCCAGGGUUCCUUCCUAUUCUAUACUUCUAGGAUUCUGAUUCUAUGCAGGACAGAUAAAAGGACUUCACGCAGCACAGUUAAAACUCUGAUAGUGACGGCCGCCAAGUUGGAUGGCUUUGAAAGAGGAGUAGUCAAAUUCGUGGAGGAGCUACUAACCAUGACGGCUAUGCACCUCCGUUAUUGGAAGAUGCAGGCCUCUUGCUGGGAGUCAGAAGUGAGGAGGCGGCUGUGAUAUUCGAGUCCUUCCCAUAGGCAUCUCCUGAGCUGCUUUGCGAAAGAUGUUGCUGCACUAGGUGGGCCUUUGACCUGAUCCAGAUGCAGGGCUCUGCUUGUGUUGAAAGAAAUCUUAGCAGACAUGCAUUUCACUCCAUUAGCCAGUUGAUUAAACCUGAACACUUGUCCUGCAAAGCACAAAUACUAACAGAAUUGUAGAGUCGGAAGGGACUCCACGAGCCAUCUAGUUCACCCCCUGCAAGAAUCCCUGACAGAUGGCCAUCUUGUUUAAAAACCUCAGAUGAAAUGGCUUUGCUUUUUGAUAAGGUGUGGCUGGGUCUUAAGAGGAUUUGUCUAAAAACAGGCUAAGAUGGCACCCACAAGCUGCAGGUUUUAGAGGUACUUACAGGAUACUUACCAAUUAAAGCUUCCAUCCUACACAUCCUUAUCCCUUGAACUCUCUGGGACUGACAUCUGAGCAGGGAUGUGGUCCAGGUUGUAGCCCAACUAGGAACUUUGCUGUGCUCUAUUCUGCGUUCCCAAGGCAGGGUGUGUGUUUGUGUGUUUGGGCCCCCGUCCACUUUUUGGUCUUACAUAUGAAGUAACAACCAUACACCGGGGUGGGAACCUAUAGACCAGCGGUUCUCAACCUGUGGGUCCCCAGAUGUUGUUGGACUACAACUCCCAUCAUCCCUGAGCUCCGGCCUUGCUAGCUAGGGGUGAUGGGAGUUGUAGUUCAACAACAUCUGGGGACCCACAGGUUGAGAAAGGCUGCUAUAGACCCUCCAGAUGUUCCUGGACUACACGUCCCAUCAUCUCUCACUGUUGGCCACGCUGGCUGGGUCUGAUGGGAGUUGGAGUCCAGCCAUAUCUGGAGGGCCACAGCUUCCAGUCACCCCCCCCUCAAAGAAAACAAACUACUUAUUGUCUUUCUACCCCUUGACCACCCUGGAACAGGAUUUGGGAGGCAUCAAGGGUCUCCUAACCAGUGCGGGAGAACCUUCCCUGUGACCUGCUUAUGAUCUUUCUGUUGCCCUCCUCACUCGGCCUUCCCCCGUUGCCUUGACAGUGUUCCCCCCGAAGCCGCACACCUUGACUGACGAGUGGAAGGCCAAGCAAAUCAAGCGCAUGCUGGACAUGCGCACCAACCCUGUGGACGGCUUCUCCUCCAAGUGGGACUACGACAAGAACGAGUGGAAGAAGUAG